AUGUUCUCGCUACUAUCAGACAUCACCGUACCCAUCGUCGUCGAAGCCCCAUUGAAUCCGGACUUAUCCUUUGGCUCCAUUUCCUUCCUUACGUUGGAAGCAGUGUUGGAGGUUGUCAUCAUUUGCUUUGCUGGUUUCGUGGCUGCCAAAACAAAGCUACUCACGCUCACAGGUCAGAAGGUCAUUUCCCAGCUCAAUGUGGAUUUAUUCACGCCAUGUUUGGUGUUCACGAAGCUUGCGCCUUCGCUUUCCUUGAAUAAAAUGGUGGAUAUCAUCAUUAUCCCCAUUUUCUAUGCCAUCACAACUAUCACAUCCCUUAUAUGCUCGCGGGUAACCGCUCGAAUCAUGAUGCUUAACAAUGCAGAAUCCGACUACGUGACUGCUAUGGCAGUGUUUGGAAACUCGAACUCCUUGCCUGUGUCCUUGACCUUGUCUUUGGCAUACACCUUGCCAGACUUGCUCUGGGAUCAGAUUGAUGACGACAACUCCGAGAAGGUGGCAUCGCGUGGUAUUUUAUACUUGUUGAUUUUCCAACAGCUCGGUCAAAUCUUGAGAUGGUCCUGGGGCUACAAUAAGCUCUUGAGAAAGAGAUCUCAGGAAGAACUAACUGCUCAUUACGCGUACGAAGAUGGAUACCAUCGCAUUCCUUGUGCUGAAGAGGAUGAACAAGCACUUUUUAUCGAGCCUGUGAUGUCCCCUGUUUCUCAAGAACGUGAAGAACUGGCUGUGGCUGCUGCCAUUGCCGAAUCAGAAGAAUCAUCUAUUGAUGAUGCUUCCAAGAGUGCUAUCACCAUCAGUGUCGAGUCCAUCAAAUCUAAGUGGCAUGCCGUUACUAACUGGGGCCCAGUCAAAGGCUUUUUAGCAUUCAUGAACCCUCCAUUGUGGGCCAUGCUUAUUUCCAUCAUCAUUGCGUCUGUGCCCGUGUUGCAGAGAGAAUUCUUUUACUCGGACUCGUUCAUCCACAACACGCUCACCCAGUCCAUUGCACAGCUUGGUCUGGUUUCCAUUCCAUUGAUCUUGAUUGUAUUGGGAUCCAACUUGUGUCCAUCUGAGGAUGUGCCUCCACCUUCUAAGCACUACAACAAGAUUGUGUUUGCUUCAUUGCUUUCGAGGAUGAUUCUUCCGUCAUUGUUUCUUCUCCCUGUGAUUGCUGCAUGUGUCAAGUAUGUGAACAUUUCUAUCUUGGAUGACCCAAUCUUCUUGAUUGUUGCUUUUGUGCUUACCGUAUCUCCACCAGCCAUCCAGUUAUCGCAGAUCACUUCGCUCAAUGGUAUUUUUCAAAAGGAAAUGGCCGGAGUAUUGUUUUGGGGAUACGUGGUCCUCACUUUACCUACCACCAUUUUCAUAGUGGUGGCCAGCUUGGAGGUUUUAAAGUGGGCAGCAUGA